CUCUGGCUGAUCUGCUCUGUGUCCCAGGGCGCCCAGCCUGGGGGGGAGCCCAAUCUGCAUCCAAAAAUAUGCACUUUUCUGCAGACUCACUGCACCAGCCUGUGCCUGGGGCUGCAGGGAUGCCAGGGGCAUUCCCAGGACUCACCAUCCCAGUGGACAUCCCCCCCUUCCACUUCCAGACCCGCCGGGUCAGCGUGGACUGGCGUUGCUUCAGUGCCAUCGAUGUGGAGCGGGUGGCCCGGGAGGUGGACGUGGCCGCGCUCCAGGAGCACAUCACCGGUGUCACCUUCUGUGACCUCGAUGGGGAGCGGUGCCCCCACUGCGGGCAGCCGGUAGACCCCAUCCUGCUGAAGGUGCUGAGGAUGGCCCAGCUGAGCAUCGAGUACCUGCUGCACUGCCAGGAGCGGCUGGGGACCAGCCUGGCCACGCACGCCCGGCGCCUGCAAGCUGCCCACGCCGAGCUGGCGUACACCCAGCAGCAGGUGGCAGAGCAGGAGGUGCAGCUCCGGGGGGUGAAGGAGGAGAACAGGAGGUGGAAGAAGCUGAUUGCCAUGCAGCAGCUCCUCCUGCAAGCUGGCCCCCACACCUACUGCAAGUGCUACCUCUGUGAUAAAGCCUUCAUGAACGAUUCCUUCCUGCAAGCCCACAUUCAGCGCCGGCACGCAGAGGUCACCAAGGCAGAGAGGCAGAAGACAAAGCAGGUGAAGCAAAUGGAGCACGAGGUGGAGGAGCUGAAGGUGAAACUGCAGGAGGCGCAGCAGCAGCUGGAAGUGGAGAGGGAAGCAGAGAAGAUGCGCAGGGAGCAGGAAAUGGAGAGAGCUCGCCAGCGAGAAGAGGAGGGUAGGAGAGAUUUGGAAAGGUGGAAAGAGGAGAGGACAAAGCUGCAUGAAGAGAUAGAUGGCCUGAGGCAGCUCUUCCUCACAGCGUUCAAGGACCUGGCCAGCAGGAGCAGUGCCGUGGAGGGGAAACUGCAGGAGCUUCAGGCCAGAGAGGUGGCGGAGUCCAACCUGGGGACCCUGCAGGACGAUGACACCGAGGAGGCACGGUGGUGGGCACCAGUCCGGGCAGAGCUGCAGGGCAAGCAGGAGAGGGUGUCAGUGCCGAGGGCAGAAUGGAGGCAGGCACUGAAGGACCUGUGGAGGAAGAACCACACACAGGAGCUUCAGAUCAAUCUGGUCUCUGCAAGCAAACCUGAAGUGACCCGGGAGGUGACUAAAGCGGUGGCUGAUGAAGAGUCAUCAGACAGGAAGGAGGCCACCCUGAGUGGGAAGCAGAGGCUGCUGGAAGCUCUGCAGAGAAACCCAGACCUCCUGAAGCAGUUUCGCCCCAUCCUCGAGGAAGUGCUGGAAGAAAAGCUGGAGAGUAUGGGGGUCAAGAGGGUUGUGAAGGGGAUCUCCACUCAGACCUACAAAAGCCUCCAGGCAAUGGUCAGGCUUCAGCAGCAACAAAAGGCUGAGAAAUUUCCUGGUCUCCUCCAUCUGAGGGAUGAGUUGUUCCAAGCAGUCAUGGGGAAAGUAAGGCGAUGCAAGAAGCCCAGCAGUGCUUUGCCUCGACAGCUCUCCAUUAUUCCAGCUCAAAGCCCAAAGAACCCCAGGUCCCUUCAUGGGUCACAACCCAUGGCAAUGCCAGCUGCAGUAGAGCCUGAAGCCUCGGUGAUCCUGCAGCCUGCUCCUCGGAGCAGAUCCCGCUCCACCCACAACACCACGAGGACUAUCUCGGGCACCCUGCAGACCUCCAAAGCCAUCAAUCCCCACCAAGGACUUGUCCCACGGCAGAACUCAGAAGUGAUGCUGGGAGGGAAGCAGCCCACCCUGGCCCCGGUGAGGCUCAGUCCUAAGCAAGAGCCAGCACUUCCCGCAGUGGUGCUGGGGGAAGAGACCGACUCCAACAGGCCAGACCUGGACUCACUGGAGGAAACGGCUGGUUCAGGGACAGCCACAUCCACGAUGGUGAGGCUCUUGGAGAGACGCCUGGAUGCAAUGACACAGAGACAGCCUGGCAGGCUGAAACUCUUCCCAGCUGUGAGCUCAGCAUCGCCCCAAACCAGCCAACCUACCAAGAAAAUCCAGUUUGCCGGUGACAACAGUGACCUGGAGACCUCCUCCGUGCAGGACUUGGCCGAGCCACCACUGAUGCUGAGGGGACCACCUCGGUCCCCAGAGCCCUGGGGAGCUGAGCUGCGAGGGCACACGUGUUGGUGAUUGGGAAGUGACAGUCCUCUGCCAGCAGCCACUGGAUGGUGCCACAAGACCAGAAACGGGCAGCAACCGCUCUGCAGCCUUCCCAUGGCUGCUCCCGGGCUCUGGCUGCCCCUCUUUUUUGGAAGAUCCCAACAUUGGGCCUCUCCCAGACAGCACAAGGGUGUUGGGUCCUCCCUGGCCAGCCGCUGUGAACUGCACCACCGAGGAUAAAUGCUCAUGGUCCGAAAAGAAGUGAUUUCUGCUCUCCCUCCGUCAUGCACACGAGCAGUAACACAAUGUCCGAUGGUACCAUGAGCUUUUGGAGCCCAAGCAGCUCUCCCUGGACUUUGCAUCCCACAGGCUGGGUCCAGCUCUGUACCAGACAGAGUCUGGCACUUGUGUGUGGCUUUUUUAUUCUUUAAGAAGUCCAGAAAACAAAGUCACGGAGGAGAGAAAGCAGCUUUCCUUCUUGUUGUAUCUCUUUGCCGGUGCUCCCGAGGGUAAUGGAAAAGGUCUCGUUUUCUGCUCCAGGAGGAACCUGCUCUGAAUGCACUUGGACAAAGUAACAGACCACAGCUUCUGUCUCCCUCCUUGCCUCCUUGAAUCAGUGGAAACUCCAGCCCAAAGAAUGAUUUUUUGCACUGUAAACAUGACCACAUAAGCCUGACUCUGCAGAUAUUGCUUAUCUGUGUAAAUUAAGUUCACUUUCCUAAUUCUCUCUGUAUUUUGUACAUUUGCAGCAGUGCAUUUAUGAUCUUGAUCCCUUAAAAGCAUGAAAUUUUGGAAAAUGCAACAGGAAAACCUGUCAGUUCUUAAUUUCAGGGUUUUUUUCCAACCACUCCAUCACUGGUUCAAACUUCUACAAUUCCUUAUUUCUAAAAUUUACAUGUGGGUUUUAAUGCUAGGGAGCAGAAAGCCCAAGCAGGGCUGAGCAGAACAAGAUGAAUUAAUUUAAUUUCACUGAAGAGCAAAAGUGCCUUUCAGAUAACUGUUCACAAACCUGCAGAAAACCCCUGAUAUUUUGCAAAUCCCCAUGUCCUCUGAUAAAUGCACAUUCACCUGCAUGCUUAUACCCACCCAUAUGGUGUGGCUCUAUAGCUGCAUACCUUGAAAAGGAUUUUUUACAUUUUAAUCCUUCAAGUUUAAGGAUAUCUGGCUUGAGUUAUUCAUAGCUUACAGUGCUAUUGCCAGAUGUAUUACUUCAUGCUGUUUAACAACUGUU